AUGUCGGUGUACAUCCAGCUGACGCACGACCUGUCGGGGACGGUGACGGCCGUGACGAUCGGGGACUGGAUCUUGGGAAUCCUGAAGCAGAAAAAUAUCCAGGAGUACGAAGUGUUCUUUAAGAAGUUUCUAAACAUCUACCAGAAGCAGGACAAGGACUCAGAGAGUAACAACCGAUCGGAAAUUUUUUCUUUACUCCUGUCAGCUAGCGAUUUAGUAUUCGAAACCUUAGUAGAGACAAAAAAAAAUAAUAAAAUAAAAGUUAUAAUUGAUAACAAAGAAAGUGUAAAAACGUAUAAUGAAUUUUAUAGAGAGGUAGAAGAAUAUUUCGUUAUCCUCAUAUCCAUUUUACAAUUAGAAUUUAAGAGUGUUGAAGAUCUGAACAAUGCUACAAACAAUUUUAUUAUGGCCAUUAAAAAUUUUAAUGUAUUUCCAGAAUUGAGAAUAAAAAUUUUACAGCUUUUGUAUAACUCCUUCAGUGUCAAUUUCUCCUUUAGAUUUCCUACCUUCAUUGCCAUUUUACAGUUUUCUUCUCAAAAUAAUAUUUUCCAUUUUAUGCUUCCCUACAUAAAAUUUAUCGACCAAUGGAUUAAAGAAUGGAAUAUCAGCUCUAGAGAAAAGAGACAAAUUUAUCUCAUUAUUGCUCAAGAAUUGAAAAAGCUAAAAAAAUAUGAGGAAUCCUUUAAACAUUUAAAUAAACACGUAUAUUAUUUUCAAAAGGAAGCACCUGAAGUAUUGAAUCAUCCAACUACAGUCAAUGCUAGUAUUGAACUCAUUGCAGAUGCUAUUAAUCUAAAUAACAAUAUUUACUUCCAUCAAUUACUAACCUUAGAUGCUUUGCGGAGAAUAAAAUUUACCUUCUCUCCAUUAUCUCCCUUUAAAGAUACCAAAGUGCAAAAUAUUCAAUACAUUUCAGAAAGACUUAACAUUAGUGCUUUGAAAAUUGAGAAAAUUCUUGUGGCUUCCAUUGGAAGUGGAGUUAUCGAUGCCAAGAUCGACCAGAUAAAUAAAAGCGUUCAAAUGAAGACCACCAUUUUGAGACACUUUGAUGAGACCCACUGGGAAAUCCUCAACGCACAAAUCACCAAGUAUAUAAACAAUGUGCAGAAAAUUCUGGACAUUACCACGUCGCGCUCCAGGCCCAUGCAGGGCAAGUAG